AUGGUGCUCGCAAAGUCAAAGAACUCCGUGGGGCUGGGUAACAGCCUCAUGAACGAUCGCUUUGGAAAAGGCAAAGCUGCGAAGGAGAAGAAGGCGUCGCACAAUAAUUCUAUCGCGCGCCAGGGUAUUAACGGCGAAACAUACCUCACCAAUGUCGCCCAAGAAGCCUCUUGGGUGAAGAUGCGCUCUAUCACCGAGCAAGCUGCCCUCGAUGAAUUCCUCAGCACCGCCGAGCUGGCAGGCACCGACUUUACCGCCGAAAAAAUCAACAACGUGAAGAUUAUCCACUCCGACCAGAAGAACCCCUACCUCCUGUCCGCGACCGAAGAGAAGUCUGCUGUUAAGAAGCAGAAGGAGAACAAGAACAAGUUGACGGUUCCGAGACGACCCAAGUGGGAUAAAUCGACAACCGCCGCGCAGUUGGAAAUGAUGGAGCGCCAGAGUCUCUUGAACUGGCGUCGCGGAUUGGCGGAACUGCAGGAGAACCACGAUCUGUUGAUGACUCCAUUCGAGCGAAACUUGGAGGUUUGGCGUCAGUUGUGGCGUGUCAUUGAGCGCUCAGAUCUCGUCGUGCAGAUUGUCGAUGCGCGAAACCCGCUCCAGUUCCGCUCGGAAGAUCUGGAGAACUAUGUGAAGGAGAUUGACCCGCGGAAGAAGAACUUGCUUUUGGUCAACAAGGCCGAUAUGUUGUCUCUUAAGCAAAGAGAGACCUGGGCCGACUACUUCGAGAAGAACAACAUCAACUUCCGUUUCUUCUCGGCUCAUCUCGCUAAGGAGAAGAUGGAGGCUCAAAUGUUGGAGGAGGGCCAGGCCGGAAGCGACGGUGAGGACCUGGCUGAGUCUACGAAGAAGAUGAAUGUUGAGGAUGAGGAAAAGGAGGAGGCAUCUGGCAAUGAAGAACAGGCUGCUGAGCAGACCACUGCCAAGCUUGCCGACCCUGAUCAGUCCCUCGGACCGCACAUUUUGGACGUGGAAGAGCUGGAAGAGCUAUUUCUGGCCAACACUCCCGAGACACUUCCCCAGAAUCAAGACCCAGUCCAGAAAUCAAAGGCAAAAACUGUCAUUGGUCUGGUUGGCUAUCCCAACGUGGGUAAGUCUAGUACUAUCAACGCCCUGCUUGGUGCAAAGAAGGUCUCCGUCUCUGCCACCCCCGGUAAGACCAAGCACUUCCAGACUCUGUACCUCUCCCCCGAGAUCAUGCUGUGCGAUUGCCCUGGUCUGGUGUUCCCCAACUUUGCCUCUACUAAGGCCGACCUGGUGGUGAACGGUGUGCUGCCCAUCGACCAGCAGCGUGAGUUCACCGGUCCUGCCGGCCUGGUCGCCAAGCGCAUCCCCAAGAGCUUCCUGGAGAAUGUGUAUGGUGUUCAGAUUAAGACUCGCCCUGUUGAGGAGGGCGGUACCGGUAUCCCCACUGCUAGUGAGAUUCUACGUGCCUAUGCCCGCGCUCGUGGUUUCUCGACGCAGGGUCUGGGCCAACCUGAUGAAUCUCGUGCUGCGCGGUAUGUCCUCAAGGACUACGUGAACGGCAAGCUUCUCUUCGUUCACCCUCCCCCUCAACCUGAGGGCGAAGAGCCCCUCGACCCCAACGAGUUCAACCAAGAUCUCUACGAUAUCGCUCACCUGCCCCCGAAGCGUCAGGCCAUGCUGGCCAAGUCCAUUGUGGACCUCGAUGCAGAUGUGGAUUCGGAUAUUUCCACCCUUGUUUCUGCACAGAACGAACAGGGUAACCUUUCCAAGAACAUUGAUAGCGGCUUCUUCGGUACCGCCACUGGACCGUCCGCUGGCCGCUUGAACAUGCCUUUUAACCACAAAUAUACGGAGCAAGGACAGGAAAUGCGCAAGAUGCCCACUGGCCGCAAGGAACGCAUGAUGAUUGCAUUGGAGCGUGGCGUUGAUGUCUCUGAAGUGCGGGGCGCAGGCUCCAAGAAGCAUAACAAGGGCAACAAGCGCCGGGCCAAGGGCAAGCGCAACACCCCUCAAGAUGAUGACUACUACUAA